AUGGCUGGCAAAAACAUUAUUUCCGACCCGUCUGUGCUCAUCGAUGGAAUGUGCAGGUCGAUGCUCCUCCUGAAUCCUGCGCUUAAAUAUGACUCGCAGUACAAAGUGGUAUUCCAAGACAAGAUCAAAGGGGAGCAGGAGCCACGCGUUACUCUCAUCAGUGGCGGGGGCAGCGGCCAUGAGCCAGCCCACGCCGGAUACGUCGGAGAUGGCAUGCUCGAUGCUGCUGUCUGUGGCUCGGUCUUUGCAUCGCCAAAUGUGCAGCAGAUUCUUCAAGGGUUAGCACACGUGUCCUCGCCUAAAGGAACUCUCAUCGUGGUCAAAAACUAUACAGGCGACAAACUCAACUUCGGUCUUGCUGCCGAAGUCUACCAGGCGACGUCAGGGCAUCCUGUAGAAAUGGUCAUGGUGCAAGACGACGUUUCGGUGCCCCGAUCGCGCAACCAGAAAGUUGGUCGACGAGGUCUGGCCGGAGCGGUGUUCGUCCACAAAGUAGCUGGGGCCGCGGCCUCGAAGGGCAAUUCAUUGCAAGAAGUAGCUCGGGUGGCACAGUACGUGGCCGACAAUACUGUCACCAUUGGAGUGUCUUUGGACCGCUGCACUCCGCCCGGGCAAAACGAAGUGCGCCCUCUUUCGGGCGAUGAGAUGGAGCUUGGGAUGGGGAUUCAUAAUGAACCAGGUUCGAAAACGCUAUCACCUCGACCGGAUGUCAUUACGCUCGUCGACAGUAUGCUGCAACAUCUCCUGGACCCGGAUGACCCUGAACGUGCAUAUCUGGAGUUGAACGCUAACAACCAGGUCGUGUUGCUGAUCAACAAUCUUGGAGCCUUAUCGGUCCUGGAGAUACAUGCAGUCACCCAUGUCGUCCUCUCGCGACUGGAGGAAAUCUACGGCAUCCAACCGCAAAGACUGUAUGUUGGGACAUAUCUGACAGCACUUAAUACUCCAGGCUUCAGUAUUAGUUUGCUUAAUCUGGAAAGCAAGACGGGCAGCCCAGAGCUGACCUAUUUGCUGUCACUGCUUGAUGCUCCCACAAAGGCCUUAGCAUGGACGCCCUCGCUGCUGUCAAAGCCCCCACAGCUCAGUUCCAUCGGCAGCAGAAUAGUCACUGGUGUCAAAAAGGCAGAUCUAUCAAGAGUGGAAAAGAUACCAUGCAAGCAUCUUCCAUCAUGCACUCGCAGUAUGUCAACUGACGGUGGAGCAGGUAACCCUUCAGUUAUAUCAACUUUGAUACUCAGCAUCUAUGCUGAAGUCGCAAAACAGGAGCCCGAAAUUACUCGCUUUGACACACUGAUUGGUGAUGGCGACUGCGGCACGACCUUGUUGUCUGGGGCACAAGCGGCUCUCGAAGUGAUGCAAUUGGAGUCAAAUGAUAGCUUGUCACACUUUUUGAUCCAGGUCGCCACCGCUGUGAGAGAAACUAUGGGCGGAACUUCUGGAGCUCUGUACGGCCUUUUCUUCGGUGCCUUUGCCAAAGCCGUUCAAGAGCAUUACAAGCGUGACCGGCACCUUUCCUCUUUACUGUUCGCGAAGAGCGCACAAGAUGCCCUGGAAACCCUCGAGCGGUACACUUCGGCCCGGGAGGGAAGUAGGACUCUGAUGGACGCUCUUAUUCCCUUCGUUCGGACAUUUGUGGAGACAUCUACCCGGUACAGUAGCCCUGCAAAGACUCUGGGAGAGUCAUUGGCAGCUGCGAAGCGCGGCAUGGAAGCGACCAAGACCAUGCGGUCUUCGUUCGGUCGCUCGACGUAUGUAGGGGCUGCGUCAGGUAUUUCUGGCGAUGAGACUCAGGAUCCCACAUGUGGCGUCCCCGACCCUGGAGCAUGCGGUAUCGUAGCCAUUGUGACGGGUAUAUCGUCAGCUUUCGGCGGCAAUAGUACUUAG